ACGGAGAGGUAUUACACAUAAAAAAACACAUUUAAAUUAGUUAAUUAUUAAUUAAAAUUAUAAUAAAAAAUUGAAAUAAUACAAUUACCAAUUGUAUUACCGAUAUGAUAGAGAAUUGUAAAUAUUAUUCUCUUCCUUUUUAUUUAUCAAUUUUACAAUUAAACUGCUCUGAACCAUGAGCUCUGGUCUGCUGAGAAGAUCAUGAAUCAAAAGGCUCACAAACUUUAAAGAGGAAGCUGACACGAAGUGUGAGUGAAAGUCAGAGCGAGGGGAAACCCCUGACAGCAUCAGGCGUCAGAGCCGCACGAGGAUAAAUAGCGCUGCGCCAGGUGGAGGGAGCACCGUCCUCCUGGCAGACUGCCGCAGACUGCACUACUUUACGACGAUGUGGUCGCUUCUCCCGCUGCUGCUGCUGCUGCUGCUGCUCUCCGCGCGCGCCCCUCCGGUGGACGGCGACGCCGCUGCGCUCCGGACGUACCGGGACACCGACCCGGUCACCGGCACCCCGGUGGAGUGCGACCGCUGCCCUCCGGGGUCCCACCUGCGAUCCACGUGCACGGCGACGAACAAGAGCGUGUGCGCGCGGUGCCCGUCGGGCUCGUUCACGGAGCUGUGGAACUACAUCGGCAAGUGUCUGCGCUGCGGGGUGUGCGGCCACAACCAGGUGGUGGAGACGCCGUGCGCCGCGCACCGUGACAGCCGAUGCGCGUGCAAACAGGGCUUCUACCACAAGGCGGAGUACGACAUGUGCCUCCGACACAGCGAGUGCGCGUCCGGACACGAGGUGCUGACCCGAGGGACAGCCAACGAGGACACAGUGUGCCAGAGUUGUCCCAACGGCACCUACUCAGACACGGUCUCCGCCCUGCACAACUGCACGCUGCACCGAGGCUGCGACGCUCCGGGGAUGCAGAUGGUGCUGAAGGGCUCCAGCUGGCACGACAGCGUGUGCAUGAGCAGAAAAGAGCUCAAAUGCAAAGACGGAGGCGACUACCUCAGAGAAAUCCUCCCGGCUUUCUUCGUUCACCAGAAGAUACACCCCAGACGUCUGCGUCGGAUUUUGAACAAGCUCCCACUUGAGAGCGGUAAAAAACACGGAGCUUCGGGCCUUUCGGACCUUCACACGCGGAUCAACGCGUGGGUGGCGUCGGCCACGGCGGCACAAAUCCGCCAGCUCCCCGCCGUUCUCGCCGAAAGCGGAGCGGACGGCGCCGGCCACAGAUUACAGAGGAAGCUGCAGAGGAUCGAGUUGAGCCUGAGCGAGCUGUGUGAUUCCAGGAACGAGGUGGUCGUGAUCGUGCUGUCAGAGUAGCCCGAGGUAGACGGUGCCUAGUUCCAGGUACCAAGGGGUUUGAGUGGUACAGGAACGAGAAAGGUUGCUGCCCUGUUCAAGAUGCACCGUCAUCACAGGCUGUGGUACCUUCUGCAUUUGUUACCGGAGAAUGCUGCUCAAUAAGGGAAAAGGUUCACUUCACUAGAUCCAGAUGGAAUGAAUGACUUAUCACUGCUUUUGGUUAUUGUUCCUUUUUGUUGUUUUUGUCUCCAUGAAAUUAAGGAUAAUAAAAUGUAAAUCAAUAUAACAAAGAUCUAACAUAUCUUGUUUUCUCUCAAACAUGUGUAGUUUUGGUCCUCGGGAGGACAUUCCUCAUUGAUGCAUUAAUGCAGUUGUUGCAGUUGUACAACUUGACUUGUAUGUCAAGGUACGAGGAACACAUUUGCUUCAAAGAUACUUAUUACCCACCAGAACACACAAAUCAGUUGUGUUUGUGGGAUUGAAAACAGACAGAACCUGCAACCAAAACUACCACCUGUGUUUCCCUUUAACGAGUAGAAAGGUCCAGCCUUUGUUACACCUACCUCUUCCUAUGUAUGCAGUUAGACAUGUUUUUUUUAUGCGUCUCAGCUAAAUACGUGAACUUAAUUUAUUGUGCUAUUUAUAGAAACAAGGUGAAGGAAAAGGUAGCUUUUUUGUUUUUCAUGAAAUAUAAAGAAUGCAUGGCACUGUAUGCAAAUGUAUCCAGAGGAUGUGUGGUGUCCUUGAAUGUUGCUUUAUUAAAAGAAAUUGA